AAAAAAAGUAAUCAUAUAUACGCAAGUUGUGUUGUAAAGCUUUCUGAAUGUGUGCUACAUGAUCAAAAAUUAGUCAUGUCUUCUCAUUCGACAGCUAAAACAGUACAAAGACUUGGGAUCUUGUUUCCUCUGCUCAUUAUCUACUUGCUGUUCAAUCUCUCAUAUGCGGUUAAAGCUCAAGAUGAAAAAAGUGUCACCAACGUUGGAGCAAUCAUUGAUGUUGAUUCGCGUAUCGGGAAACAACAGAAAGCUGCCAUGGAAAUUGCAGCUGAAAACUUCAACAACCAGUCAAAAACUGAUGAGCUGAUCCUUCAUUUCCGAGAUUCUGGCCGCGACCCCUUUCUUGCUGCAUAUGCUGCUGAACAUUUGAUAAAGGAAGAGAAGGUACAAGUGAUAAUUGGCAUGGAGACUUGGCAGGAAGCUGUUACAGUAGCUGAUGUAGUCAAAAACAAAAACCUAUCUGAUGAUCAAGUUGUUCCAGUCAUUUCCUUUGCAGCACCAACCAUAACACCUCCGCUAAUACAACACCUUUGGCCUUUCUUGAUAAGAAUGGGAAGCGAUGUUGCUGCUCAGAUGGCUUGCAUUGGAGAUAUAGUGUCAGCAUACUACUGGAAAAGGGUUGUUGUAGUAUAUGAAGACGAUGGUUAUGGUGGCGGCAUUGGGAGGCUAGCUCUUUUAUCCGAAACUCUAAGAGCUGUUGGUGCAAAGAUUGAGCACCGUAUAGUUCUCCCACGAAUUUCUGAGUCUACUGAUCCUUAUUGGGAUGAAGUAGAGAAGCAGUUUAAGCUUAGCAAUGUACAGUCUCGGACAUUCAUAGUUCUUCAGUCAUCUUUGCCAACUGUAACUGGUCUAUUCAAAGUAGCUAAGAAGAUGGGACUUGUGGGAGUAGAUUCGGCUUGGAUAAUCACAGAAGGUAUUGCUAGUUUGCUUGAUCCUCAGGACAACCAUGAUAUGGAAGGUACUCUCGGAAUCAAGACUUAUUAUGACAGGAAUACUACUACUUAUGCCAGUUUCCAGAAAGAAUUCCGAACAAAGUAUUCAGAUGAAGAUAACUCUAAGCCAGGAAUUUAUGCUCUUCGCGCAUAUGAUAUUAUUUCAAUCAUCACACAGGCCAUAAGUAAAAUGAAUACUGAGACUACUAAUACUAGUCUUCAAGAGUUAUUAGCUGAAAGGUUGAGCAAUAACUACAAGGGUUUAAGUGGGAUCAUGCAACUCAAAGGAGGUGAGGUACUGCUGGAUUCUCCGAGAUUUAGGAUCAUAAAUAUUGUGGAUGGGAAGACGGAUAAAGAACUAAACAUCUGGACACCAGGGUUUGGAUUCUCGAAAAGCCUUGUUAAAGUAUCAGGUACAUACAGAAGUAGUGAUGAUGUUGGUGAUGUAACUUGGCCUGGGAACAUAACACUACGUCCUUCCAAAGGCUGGGCAAUGCCAACUGUUGAGAAGAAAAUGAAAAUUGCGAUUCCGAUUCAAAACAGUCCAUUUAUAACUGUCCUGGGGGAGAAUCGAUAUGACGGUUUCUGCAUUCAACUGUUCAAUAUGGUGGUAGGAAAUUUGAGUCAUUUAUAUUCCUUGCCACAUGAAUUUCAUGAGUUCAAUGGCAGCUUCAGUGAUCUGAUAGAACUAGUUAAUGACAAGACUUAUGAUGCUAUUGUUGGUGAUAUAACUGUACUUGUUGAACGAAUUGACAAAGUGGAAUUCACUCAACCAUACCUGGAGUCUGGUUUGACAAUGAUAGUUCCAGAUAUAUCUGCUGAGGAGGAAACAUGGAUGUUUAUGAAACCUUUCACAUGGCAAAUGUGGUUGGUGACUGGUAUCAUCUUAAUCUACACGACCUUAGUAGUAUGGUUCCUUGAGGUGCCAUCCAGUCCAGACUUAAAGGGCUCACUUAAGAGUCAGAUUGCCUUUGCAACUUGGUUCACCUUCUCAUCUUUGUUCUUUGCUCACAGAGAAAAGGUCUACAGCAACUUGACUCGAAUAGUUUUCAUAGUGUGGCUGUUUGUUGUAUUGAUCUUAAGCUCAAGCUACACUGCUAAGCUGUCUUCAAUGCUUACCAUCCAACGACUGAGCUCGAAUGUAACAGACAUUGAGAUGCUGAGGAGAACCAACUCAUUAGUUGGUUGCGAUAACGAUUCCUUUGUCAGGAAUUACCUAGAGAAUGUUCUUAAUUUCAAUCGAGAUGCUAUCAAGGUAAUAGACAGCAGCUACAACCCGGAAGAGAUCAGACAAAAAAAUUUAUCUGCUGUAUUUCUUGAAUUGCCAUAUGCGCAAGUUUUUAUGGACAAGCACAAGGGCUACACUCUCACCCAACCCACCUACAAUUUUGGAGGCUUUAGCUUUGUAUUUCAGAGAGGCUCUCCAAUAACUAGGGAUUUCUCUAAGAUCAUUCUAGAUCUACUGGAGAAUGGAGAAAUGAGAAAUCUUCAGAAUCACUGGUUGACUCCACACAACCGUCCAACCAAUACAAUUUCUGAUAUGCCGGAAAGCUUGAGCCUCAAGAGCUUUUGGGGUCUCUUUGUGAUAUCCGGGACAACUUCGACCUUCUGUUUUCUAUUAGCUCUUACUAUCUGGCUGAAGAAGUUAUAUCACCAAGAAGCAUCCCAAGGCAUUUAAAACUUGACAAGCUUUGGUAGAUUACUUGACAUGCCAGAUUUAGCCAAGUGAGUAUGUAAGGAGUAAAACAUCAUCUAUUGUAUAUUAUUACUAAUUUCUCAGGCAAUAAUAUGUAUGCUG